AAAUAACAACACAACAAAACUUUGAUUGACACUGACUAUUGAUUAUAACUGCGCAAUUUGAAAAUAUAUUAAAUUGUUCUCAACUACACAAAAAAUGAAGUUGAAGUAUUCAAAAACUCUUUUGGAAGCACAGGACGCAGAGAGUCCAAUAGCAGACAUUUGCUGGUCACCUAACAAUAUAAAGCUAGCUGUGGCGACAUGCGACCGGUUGGUGCUGUUGUUUGAUCGUGAGGGAACACGGAGAGAUAAGUUUGCCACCAAACCCGCUGAUCCUGCUGCAGGGAAAAAGUCAUAUGUUAUUACAAACUUAUCAUUCAGCGAGAACUCAGAGCUGCUAGGCGUGGCUCAGAGUGACAAUAUGGUGUUCGUAUACCGCGUGGGAGCUGAUUGGAGCGGGAAGAAAGUGAUCUGUAACAAAUUUCCGUUGACUGGUGCACCCAUGUCACUGUUACCAGCAGACAACGGGUUUUAUACUGGCACAACUGAUGGAAAGAUAAGAUCUCUGGAUUGUAAGAGUAACAAGAGCAGUAGUAUGUGGACGGGAAGCGCUUGUUGCGUGUCGUUGGCUCGGGGCGGAGAGGGCACUCUCGCGUCAGGUCAUGUUGACGGCACUCUCUACCUCAACGGACGACUCCUAUUGCGAUAUGCGUUACCUCCGACUGCACUUGUUCUACUGCCUCCUUAUCUCAUAGUGGGAUCUUGUGACGGUCGUGUGUCUGUGUAUGAAGCACAGCGCGGGGCUCUCCUACGCAGCUUGGAGCCUCAACUACCGCCUGAUCGACGCGAUUUGAUAUCUGCAGCCCCCAGUCCUUCAGGACAGACGGUGGCAUUUGGCGUGUUCGACGGGUGCUUAGUAGGCGAGCUGAAGGAGUCUGGUGGAGUAGAACUGUCUAUGCUGAACAUACCUAACUUGUACGCGGCGCGGGCGCUCGCUUGGAGCGGGGACGGGACCAAGCUAGCAAUCGCUUCACAAACCGGAGCCGUUAUACAACUUGAGGCUGUGUUGAGACGCUGGGUAUGGCGUGACUCAGUGGAGGUGCAGCAUGUGAGUGGUCGCCAACUGGUUCUGUCACGACUGGCCAACGACGCUCCCCCCCUCACGGUCACCACUAAACAAGCGCCCGAUAUAUUUAACGUGAGGUUUAUCGGUAACGAUUGGUACGCUGUAUGUCGUACCACCUCCACAUUGAUAUUGUGUGAUAUCGCUCGGGGUUUGACUAGUGAGAUCCCAUGGUCUGGAGGUGGUGAGAGGGUGUACGCAGCCGUUGGAGGCGCUUGUCUAUUGCAUCGAGCGGGUGAAUUAAGCGUUGUGGAAUAUGGCCUUGAUAAAGUGUUACAUACGGUACGGACGGAGCGUGUAAAUCCUCACGUGUUGAGCGUGCGUAUAAACGAGGGUGCCACCGGCGGUACGGAGAUAGGUGAUCGCAAGCACCUCGCCUACUUACUCGACAGGCAGACCAUUGCUGUGGUCGAUCUUACUACUGGUAUUCAGUUGGGUCAAUGGUGGCAUGAGGCUCGCGUGGACUGGCUCGAGUUGAACGAGAGUGGACAGUUACUGUUACUGAGAGACACGAGGCGAAGACUGGCUUUAUUGAGACUUGAUAAUGGAGAAAAGGAAAUCAUAGCAAGUGGAGUGUCUUUCGUGCAGUGGAUAGAAAACAGUGAUGCAGUUGUAGCUCAAACACCGACUCAUUUGCUUGUUUGGUACAGUGCCUGGGACCCUAGCAGUGUUGAGAUGGCAGAAUGCGGCGGUGCUGUCGCCGUCGAAGUGAUCUCAAGACGUGUUGUACUAGAAGGAGGACUUCUACCUUAUUUACAAUUGGACGAACAUAGACUCGCUUUUAAUAAUGCUCUUCGUAGCGGUGAUCUAGCCGGGUGUGCGCGGUACUUGGACGGUGUCGGUAACAACGCGGACGUGGCUCCGUUAUGGAGGCAGCUGGCUGAACGUGCACUCGCCGAUGAUGAUGUUCAAUUGGCUGCUAAAUGUUAUCGAGAAGUGGAUGAUGUAGCUCGUACGUUCUACUUGGAGAAGACAGUCGAAUUGGCUGCCGAUGAAGGCGACGGCGAUGUUACUGUCGGGUUAAAUAACGCCCUAGUGCGAGCUCGUUUAGCAAUAUUCGAGGGAGAUUUAUCAGCGGCAGAAGAAUGUUAUGUACGUCGAGCAGGUCGGCCUGAGCUGGCAGUGAACAUGUACAAGAUGUUCAAUAAGUGGACUGAAGCCAUAGCACUCGCUGAGAGGACCGACCGCGCCUCCGUGGCCUCGCUCAGACAACAACACAUGGACUAUUUGACUUCUACUGGUCGGCUAGGUGAAGCGGGCGCAGUGCUGGCGUCGUCGGGCGACGUGUCGGGCGCGGUCCGGCUGUGGCUGCGGGGCGGACGCUCGCGCCGCGCCGCCGCCGCGCUGCUGCUGCAUCCGCAGCUACUGCGGGACACUGACUUGUUGGACGCCGUACAUACGCAGCUCAUACAGGAAGAAUGGUGGGAGACGGCGGGCGAAAUAUCCGAGCGUAAAGGUGACACUCGUGCCGCCGUCGAGUACUACGCCAAGGGAAAUAAUUAUGCACGAGCUGUUCAACUGGCUAGAGAGGCGUGUCCGGGCGAGGUGACCCGCCUGGAGGGUGCGUGGGGCGCGUGGCUGGUGGGGGCGCGGCAGGCGGGCGCCGCCGUGCCGCACCUCAUCGAGGCCGGCCAGCCGCGCGCCGCGCUCGACGCCGCGCUCGCCGCGCACCACCAUCGGAAGGCGCUGCAGAUACUACAGGCUAUAGACGAUAAGGAGUCUAUCAGAGAGCAGUGUGAGAGACUUGGUGAUCACUUUAUUUCAACUCGAGAAUGGGAGACGGCAGAACGUGUGCUAGUAUCGUGCGGUAUGUCGGAGCGUUGUGUCCGGGCAUACAAUGCGGCCGGCCGAGUAGCGGACGGACUGCGCCUGGCCGCCGCACAACUGUCCGAGGAACAAACCCGGGACAUCUACAUGCCACUCGCACAACAACUGCGGCAGGACGGACAGUUGCGGAAGGCUGAGCAGAUAUACAUCGGCCUUGGAGAGCCUGAUGAAGCUAUCUCUAUGUAUAAGGAGGCAUCUCAGUACGAAGCGAUGCUCCGCCUGGUGGCAGUGCACCGCGCCUCGCUACUGGAGGCCACGCGGCGACACGUCGCGCAGGCUUUACACGCCUCGGGAGAUCUGCGCGCUGCUGAGAAUUACUAUAUACAGGCCGGAGAUUGGAAAAGUGCAAUACAGAUGUAUCGUUCUGCGGGACAAUGGGAAGGUGCAGAACGAGUUGCGCGAGCGCAUGCACCCAGUGGGGUCCAACAACAGGUGGCCCUGCAGUGGGCCGCGGCGCUGGGCGGGGCGCCGGCCGCGCGCCUGCUGGCGGCGCGGGGACUCGCCGCGCUCGGCGCGCGGUGGGCGCUGCAGGCACAACGCUGGGACAUCGCAAUGGAGCUAUGUUCUCUGGGUGGAGGCAUGACUCGGAGCGAGGUGGCUCGCGCCGAGGCGGCGGCGUUGGCGGAGGAGAAGCCAGAAGAGGCCGAGGCGGCGUUCCUCCGCGCCGGCGCCGCGGAGCACGCCGUGCGCAUGUGGCUGCAGCACGGCAAACAUCAGCGGGCACUCGCACUGGCGGAGCAACAUGCCCCUACUCUGGUUGAAGAAGUGUUAGUGGAAGGCGCUAGGGCAGCUGCUGAGCGUGGAGACCUACCGCAGUUUGAGACGCUCAUGAUUAGGGCCAAUAGACCUCGUGAAGUAGUGCAACAUUAUAAGGACUUGGAGUUAUGGGACGAAGCGGCCCGCGUGUCCCGCGAGUACGUCCCGGAGAGCCGGUCGAGCCAGGAGUCGGUGCCGGGCGAGGUGCCUGCGCUGCUGCAGCGCGCGGCGGAGCAGGCGGACGCGGCGCAGUGGUGGGACGCCGUGUCUCUACUCGCCGCCGCCAGCGCCGCCGCCGCCACGCACAACGCGCCGCGCCUGGCAGAGCGCGCCGCGCUACGGGCUGCCAGGCUGGCGAGGGACCAUCUACAUGAUGCCCGCCGCCGCGCUGCUGCUGAUAUGCUCGCUGAAAGAUUCGCUGCAAUUGGUCAGAGCGAUAUCGGAGAACAGCUUCGAGCGGCUCUCACUGAAGGUUAUUCAGCUGAUGAUGAAGCUCCAGGAACAUCAACAGAAUACGAAGAAGAAGAGAUAGAAGCGCCUCGCGAAGUAGAGGCCGAGGUAGAGGCGGAGUCGGAAGCGUUGGAACGCCUGGCCCGCGCCGGGCACUGGCAGCGCUGUCUGGCGCACGCCGGCCGCGCCGCGCCGCACUACGCGCUCAGAUACGCAGCACAUCUCUUCAAGGCACACCCCCGCAUGGAAGGCCUAGACAUUGAAAGUGAAGAAGCUCCAGAGGUAUUGACACAAGUUCUGGACGUGUUGCGUCAAUACUUGGGCAAUGAAUCGGGUAUCGACUCUAUAUCUCCGAGUGAUGCACCUCUGGCUAAAGCAGUGUGUAGUGAGCUCUUACUGCGAGUGUCCACUGCACCCAAAGCAGUGACUGCGUUGAAGGAUGCCGGCGCUGUUAUGAUAGUAGCGGGGGCUGAGGAUCGAGCACUACAGGCAAUAACAUUAUUGUUAGCUCUUCACGUGCCCCUGUUAGCGCCAAAAGCAGCGAGAGCUUUACCUCGAUACACGGACAUCAUAGUUGCUGAUGCAGCGUACUACGCUAGCGGUACGGCGGUUCGUGCGGAAGGACCAAGCGGAGCCCGUGAGGCGUUUGUACUGCUCAACCGCUGUCUUGAUCUCGCAGAAGCCGCCGAUGAUGAUUCUGCGCAUCUAUUGGAUUAUACUGACUUUGAGUGCACUGACUGGAGUCGCACCCCAUUAUUGCUGGAUAGUGGUUGCGUACGUGGGGCUGCACUCGAAGAUGCUCGGGAGUGGGUACUCGCGGUCUCAAUGGACCAAGCCGUUGAACAGACAUUACCGGUUGAUGGACGCGGUAUGUACGCGUCCAGCGUGGCUGAUACCGAGCCUUGCUGUGUGGUUACCGGUUAUCCACUAGGAUCCAGACUUGUCACCUUUACUAACGGUCGUUGUGCGAACCGUGAAUGGUGGUCUCGAGUAGUGAGUGCAUCUCGUAGUGGAGGUGUACCAGCCGCCUUACUGCAGCACGUGGAGGCCUGGUGCGGGCCAGCAGACUACCAUCACGUGUAGACAUUCUGAUGACGCACUAACAUAUGCUGAUCCUCUAUAGGUACGUACAAGUCAAGAAUUAAGUUACAUCUGUAGUUCAUUAUUUUUAAUAACUGUUUGUUUUUCUCUGUUUCGUAUUAUGUAACAUUUUAAAAUAAUGUGUUUUUAAGGUAGUAAACAGAUAAAGGGUUCGCAUAAGAUAUGUUAGUUUAAUCGGGUGGAUUUGCAAAUAGUUAUAUGUUCUUACUAUUGUAUGUUUUUAUAUUAAAAAGAUUUGAAAUAAU